GCCAGCUCAUUCCAACAAAACAAAGUCCAAAUCCUAUCCCAUUUAUAUAGUCCCCAUUACUCUCCCUCCUCCACCACACAACUAAAAGAACCACCAUGGCCACCACCACUCUCCUCCCUCUCACCGCCCUCAUCCUUCUUCUCUCUCUCCAAGCUCAGGCCCAGAACCCUGCAGCCCCAGCUCCGGCACCUUCCGGUCCGCUCAAUGUCACCGGAAUUCUUGACAAGAAUGGUCAAUUCACUACAUUUAUUCGCCUUUUAACCUCAACCCAAGUAGCAACCCAACUUGAGAACCAGCUCAACAGCACAACUGAAGGGUUUACUGUUUUUGCACCGACGGAUAACGCCUUUAACAACCUUAAAGCUGGCACUCUAAAUGACCUUUCUACUCAACAACAAGUUCAACUUGUUCUAGCUCACAUCACACCUAAAUUCUACACUUUGAGCAAUCUUUUACUAGUUCCUAACCCAGUCAGGACUCAAGCUACUGGUCAAGAUGGUGGUGUUUUUGGUCUGAACUUUACCGGCCAAGCCAACCAAGUUAAUGUAUCAACUGGCAUUGUUGAGACUCAAAUCAAUAAUGCUAUUAGGCAGCAAUUCCCUUUGGCACUUUACCAAGUUGACAAAGUUUUGUUGCCUGAGGAGUUGUUUGGAGUUAAACCACCAACAGCUUCUCCAGCACCGCCGGCUAAAACUUCUUCUGGUGGGUCCUCGAAGAACGACACUGUGGCUUCAGAGCCGUCGUCUGAUAAAGGUACUUCAGGUGGUGUAAGGACAAAUGUGGCUUUGGGAUUUGUUAUUGGGUUAGGAUUGGCUUGCAUGGGAGUUAUUUCUUGAGAAAGAGAUGGAGUUAAACAGGUGUACUUGCUUAUGUAUUUCUUCAUUUUUCUUCUCAAUUGGAUGACAUACUCUUGGAUUUGCUCUUCUAUUUUUAUUUUUUUCUACAAUUUCUUAUUAAUAAUGUAAUUUAUUUUUCUGGAUUUAAUUUUCAUUCACAUUCUUGGUAAUUUAAUUUCUAUUUACA